UUAUAAAAGUCAUGUCAAAUUUUCGGUGUCCAAAAAUCUGAUUUUGUAAAUAGAUUAUUAAAAUGAAUGCAGUAUUAUAUGUAUUUCCUUUUAUACUAGAUUUAAUUUUAAUUGUAAGAGGAGACGAAGUUUUAGGUUGUGGAGGUUUUAUAAAAAGUCAUGUUCCAAUAGAUUUUUCCAAAGUUGAGGUUAAGUUAGUAACUAAACAAGGUAUAGUUAAAGAUAAGACAUCUGCGGCUCCAAACAACGGGUACUAUUUUGUUCCUUUAUAUGACAAAGGCGAAUUACUUUUAGAGUUAUCACCACCACCAGGUUGGAGUUUUGAACCAAAACAAGUAUCUGUAUCUGUUGAUGGCGUGUCGGAUCUUUGCAGCAGAGGCCUAGAUAUUAACUUCGUGUUCCAGGGUUUCGGUAUUACUGGAAAGGUGGAAAGUUUAUAUAGUGAUUUUGGUGGACCAGAGGGGGUAAGCGUUCAAAUAAAAUCGAAAGAAGAAACUAGGACUACAAUUACAGAUAAAGAUGGAAACUUUUUCUUUACUCCUGUGUUUCCAGGGGCCUAUACUGUUUCAAUCGAACAUCCUAGAUGGAAAAUUUUAAAAAGAUCAGUUGAAGUACAAGUUGCUGAAAGUAAUGCAGAGUUACCAAAGAAUAGCUUAGUUGUCCACGGAUAUGAUGUAAAAGGAAAUGUAAAAAGUGACAAUGAACCUAUAAAAGGUGUUACAGUUGUUCUUUUCUCAAAAGAAGAGAAAAAAAAUGUAUUAGUAGGAGGAUGUACCACAGAACCCAUAAAAGGCGCACAGUUUCAAAAUAAAGUUCUCUGUCACGUCACCUCAAACGAAGCUGGAGAAUUUAUGUUUGGAACGAUACCUAGCGGUAACUACUAUAUUAUUCCCUAUUAUCAGGGGCAUAAUAUAUAUUUCCAACCAGAACAAAUUGAUUUUACCAUAAAACACAACAGUUUACAAUUGGAUCAACAUUUUGGGAUUGUCGGAUUUAAUGUACCAGGCAAAGUGGUGAGAACGAGGAAUGUGCCUGUUGCCAAUGCUAAAAUAUUUUUGAACGGGCAAGAAAUUAUGAAGACUGAUGCUAAUGGCCGUUACAAACUUAAGAAAAUUAAAGCUGGGACGUAUAAAUUAAGAGCCCAAGCAGAUGAUUUGAUAUUCGAAGAAAUUCUUGUAAGAGUCAAUCCGAGCUUGCAAGAACUGCCAGACAUCCUACCAUCGGCAUUCAAGGUAUGUGGGGAGGUAGCAAGUGAUCACUCGCAAAUAGUUACAUUCAGCAAAGUAGGUUCUACGCAGUUCAUACAAACAGAGACUUCGCCACAUGACGGUUCAUUUUGCCAGUACCUUUCCCCAGGGCAAUACCAGGUGCAGGUACUUGUCAGCGAUGAAGACAAACAGAAAGGCUUACAGUUCUUCCCUAUUACACAAAUUAUAGAAGUUACCUCAGAUAAGAUUUUAAAUAUACUUUUUUCGCAACUGAAAAGUACUAUCUCGGGGAAAGUAAAAUGUACCAAACCUAAGGAUUGUGAAUCACUCGCGGUUGUUCUGAGAACUGGAAAUGAAAAAGAAGUAACUUUGAAAGUUAGAGAUGGUUCAUAUACAAUUGACGAUAUGUACCCAGGAAUAUACGACGUCAUUUUAUUGCCGAAUAAAUUUUGUUGGAAAACCAAUAAGCAAACGAUAAAUGUGAACUCCGCAAUUGUCGAAGUACCUCCGUUUAUUCAACGUGGUUAUACAGUAUCGUUUGUGUCCUCACAUGAUACCCAGGUUCAUUUUAAAACCCCUGGACAAACUACUGUCAAAAGAUUUGAUAUAACCAAAGGUCGAUCGAGCUUCUGCUUGGAAAACCCAGGGGAAUACGUGUUCAGCCUCGAAGGUUGCCACAGUUAUAACCCCAAGACCGUUUCCUACCAUACCGAUGCCGAAGUAAACGAAAUAUUACUCACAGCACAGAAACACACCCUUAAACUUGGCAUUGACGCGGAAGCCGAUUUUGGAAAUAUUCAAGUUUCCGUGAAAAUAGGAACCGACAAGGUCGAGAGAGUAUUAAAAUACAACAGGGGCCUGUACGAGUUAGACAUUUUGUUGGAACCCGGUGAAAACGCCGUGAUUAUACCGCAAUCGGAAACGAUAUUCUUCAAUCCUCCAAUCUUGUCGGUCGAAGGAAGGGAAGACUGUGAAAAUGUCGGUGUGAAAUUCGUGGCGGUUAGAGGGCGAUUAUUCAAGGGCAAGGUGAUUCCACCACUUGCCGGAGUCACUAUCACAGUGGAAAGUACGGAUAGUGAAACACUGGUUGUUGAAACCGACGUAAAUGGCAUUUUUAAUUUCCCACCAUUAGAUAAUAAGAAAGAAUAUGCUAUUUCUGCUAAAAAGGAAUCGUAUGUCUUGUCUGGCCCCGAUAAAGACGGGAAUUUCUUGGCGCAUAAGUUGGCUGAAGUUAUAGUUGAGGUGUUGGAUGCAGCAGAUAACAGCCCUUUACCGGGUGUACUACUUUCUCUGUCCGGUCGAGAAAGCUAUCGUAGAAACUUACAGAGUGACGAAAAUGGAAAAAUCUCUUUCCAUUCGUUGAGUCCAAGCGAAUACUUUUUACGUCCAAUGAUGAAGGAAUAUCAGUUUGAACCGAACUCGAAAAUUAUUCUGGUAAAUGAAGGCCAGACUGUACGCGUCAAACUCAUCGGAAAGAGGGUGGCCUACAGCGCUUUUGGACAAGUGGUUUCGUUAAACGGUGAACCGGAAGACAACAUGAUAGUCAUUGCAUCAGGAGUUGGUAACUGCAGUCACUAUUCCGAAGAAACCACUUGUGAGCCCACAGGAAAGUUUAGAAUCCGAGGAUUGCAGCCGUAUUGCUCCUAUAGGGUUAUCGUCAAGGGAAGCGAAGAUGAAAGAUACCACGUCGAGAGGACAACCCCAGAGUUUAUAGAAAUCAACAGUAUAUCCGAAGACAUUAAAGACUUGAAACUAAUAGUUUUCCGUCCUGCUACCCAGAUGGAUGUCCUAGUAAAGAUCUACGCUGAAAAUGUCGAACACUACAAGUCGUUGAAAGUCAAACUGAUCCGAGAAACUGGCUCAUCGAUCAUAGUCCAUACGGCGAAAAUUGACGCAUUAUCUUUAAAAUUAACCAAUGACAUCAAUCCGGGCGUGCUUUUACAUAUUCCGUCCCUACCUAUCGACAACAGGCUGUACUCUAUCCAGUUAGAGACAAAUUUAGCUCAGAACACUAGGUGGAAGCCGCAGAUCCACCAUUUUAACGCAAACACCUCUUUCAAGUAUAUCGAAUUGGAUUUCAAUGCGAAGAGUAGCAUAUCGGAGCAACCGAUUAAGCAGACGUCGAUUUGGAGCUUGAUUUUCAUCCUCAGUAUAAUUUUUUCGCUGUAUAACAUUGAGCUAGUAGCUAAUGUGCUGAAGGACAAAUUCGAUUUCAACAUUAGCGCUAUCACUAAUUUGAUUCCUAUUCCCAGUGCUAGUCAGAAGAACGCGACUGAUUAUUACGAUAACGCGCAGAUCGAUCAAAUCGUUCAAAGCAUUAACGCCGUCAAGAAGAAACCCAAACCGAAAAAAGCUUAAUUAGUGUAAUUUGUUAGCAAUAAAAAAAAUGUGUGAAAUGUACAGCAUUUCUUUAUUUAGAGGGGUACAAGUCAUUGGCAUAAGUGAAAAAGUGAUCAAUUUUUUACUAAGUACACUUGGAAACUAUGACUCGAUUGCAAAUCUUAAGCGUUCUAUAGCAAAUAGGCAACCAGCAAUACAUUUUUAUAGAUUUUAUUACACAGUUUGUCUAAAUAUGAAUCAAUGCUGAAAUAACAAGACUUUCCUAUAUUCUAACGCAAAUUUUCUAUAAAAUGGAGUUGGUUUGAAACUCAAAUUACUUUUUAUUGUAAAGAAAUUUGUAAUUUGCC